CGCGCCCUCCCGAGCGCCGCCGCCCAGCCGGCCCCGUCGUGACGCGCCGCCAGCGAGCGGGAGCGCCCUGCCCGGCGUCGGCCGCCAUGGGGAACGGGAUGAACAAGAUCCUGCCCGGCCUGUAUAUCGGCAACUUUAAAGAUGCCAGAGAUGCAGAGCAAUUGAGCAAGAACAAAGUGACACAUAUUCUGUCUGUCCAUGAUAGUGCCAGGCCUAUGUUGGAGGACAAGACAUUUCAAAGAAAGUAUCAAAUUCAUUCACGAGUGCCGACUCCGCGGGGAGGGCUGCCUUGUACACUGCCUGGCCGGGGUCUCCAGGAGCGUGACGCUGGUGAUCGCGUACAUCAUGACCGUCACCGACUUUGGCUGGGAGGACGCCCUGCACACCGUGCGUGCGGGGAGGUCCUGCGCCAACCCGAACCUGGGCUUCCAGAGGCAGCUUCAGGAGUUCGAGAAGCACGAAGUUCACCAGUACCGGCAGUGGCUGAAGGAAGAGUACGGAGAGAGCCCUCUGCGGGAUGCAGAAGAAGCCAGAAACAUUCUGGCACGCAGAGCCACACGAAUGAAAAAAUACACUCGACCUCUCCCUAAAAAGAUGCUGCCACCCAGUUUCUCCGAAUUUCACCACAAAGAACCCCCACAUAAGAAGAGCAGUGCCCCUGUGCAUGUAAAGGGUACGUCACAGGUGAGCGAUUGGGGGCGGAAGAACAGAGCUGCCUGGCCCUGCGCAGACGCACAGGCCCUGGACGUGUGCCAAGAGAGGGGACGGGCUGUGCAGUCAUCCGUCCGCAGCUCAGAUACUUUGCCUAUAAAGACAUUUGUCCCUAAACCAAAAAGAAAUGUAAAUAUGUUAAGAGAAAAAAAUAUUUAGGAUAUUAGCUUGAAUGCUUAAGUAUGUGCACUUUUACAAACCUCCAAAUGUAUUCUUGUAGGUCUUUAAAUGUUUUAAUAUUUGCUGCCAGUGAUGUUCUUUCUUCACAGCUGCUCCGCGAAUUCUGAAGAACUGGGCCUUUCUCAGAAGACUGUAAUUAAUGUACCUGAAGUUUCUGAAAUAUUGCAAAGCCACAGAGUUUAGGAUGGUGCUGCCAAAAAGAAAAGCAGCCUAGAGUUUAUUUUUGAGUAGACAGAAGUGAUUUGUAAACAUGUUUGUUUUUCAUUUUAAACCGAAUACAUGUGUAAUCAUGUUGUAAUACGUUGAGAACUAAGGACAGUCUUUAGCAAGAGGAAAUACUUUCACCUUAACUCCACUGCUGUGGCGAUUUCUUUACUUUGAUGCCUGACAGACGAUCUUAGAACCUCGUCGUGCUGUCGCGGUUACUGUUUAGUAACCCUGACCGCGUCUCGUGAACAGCCACCCAACAAGGAACCUGGCACCCGAUGAUCGUACUGCGUAAACUGUGCCCACAUGUUCUUAAAUUCUCCAGCUCGGGAAAUAUCUCUUGGUGUGUGUUUUCACUAUGGUUUGUGUUCUUCGUGGUGGAAUUUACCAAAAGCUGCACACUCUUG